AACACACGUCCGAAGUGGCUCAGUCAUUGCAUCGUCCUUUUAAGUAGGACGCCUCCUCGUGGCAGCACCAUACUGCAACCUGUAGCCAUGGCGUUCCUGUCCACCUCGGUUGUAGCUUGUGCCAUCCUGGCGUACGUGCUGGUCGACGCGAAGGUACACAACCCGUACGACGAUCAGUACUAUGCCUACAAACCAUCAUUCACCUUGAAAUCGUACUCACCGCCCUGCAAAUUCGACUACCCGUACAACCCGACCGAGCUUGCGACUCUGGAGAAGCGGCUCUUGACUUGCAUGAAGGAUCUGCCCAGCCGCCCUUUUCCCAACAAGACUACGCCAAACCUGGAUUGCGCGCGCGCGGCCGUCGACAGUCUUCGGGGCAGCCAGGCUCGCAGUACGGCAGGAGUUCCCGCUGCCACCGUCGCUUGUCUUCGUCUCCCGCGCUACGCAGCUACCCUCAACAAGGACAUCAUCUCCAAGGCGGAAACUUGCAUCCAGAACGCGGUUAAGGCUCUUUGAGGGGCGCCCGCGAGUUUUAGUUAGGGUUACAUGGGUAGCUUCAGGAACGCGGUCUUGUGGGAUCACUUGUAAACGGCCCCAUCUGAACCCUCUGUACGGUCAGUCAUCAGGAACGCAAUAAAGUGAAUAACUGUUA